CCUCCAGGGCCGGGGUGCGCCAGCCACCGAGUGGUCCCGGCGGGAAGCGCCGGACGAGCCCACUGCGCGGCCUCCGUGGGGGAGCCGAGAGUAUCCAGUUCCACCUCCUUCCUAAGUCAAGGUUUCCACUCCAGGAAAGGAGGUGGCGCCCUGGGCUGCAGAGUCACGAUGAGCGGGGAGGACAACCCAGCCAGCAAGCCCACGCCGGUGCAGGAUGCGCAGGGAGACGGGCGUUGGAUGUCGCUGCACCAUCGCUUCGUGGCGGACAGCAAAGACAAGGAACCCGAAGUCGUCUUCAUCGGGGACUCCUUGGUUCAGCUAAUGCACCAGUGUGAGAUCUGGCGGGAGCUCUUCUCUCCUCUACAUGCACUUAACUUUGGCAUUGGUGGUGACAGCACACAGCAUGUACUCUGGCGGCUGGAGAAUGGGGAGCUAGAACACAUCCGGCCCAAGAUUGUGGUGGUCUGGGUGGGCACCAACAACCACAGCCACACAGCAGAGCAGGUGACUGGCGGCAUCAAAGCCAUCGUGCAACUGGUGAACAAACUGCAGCCCCAGGCCCGAGUGGUGGUGCUGGGCCUGCUUCCAAGGGGCCAGCACCCUAACCCACUUCGAGAGAAGAACCAACAGGUAAACCAGCUGGUACGGGCAGCACUUGCUGGCCACCCACGGGCCCACUUCUUGGAUGCGGAUCCUGGUUUCGUGCACUCUGAUGGCACCAUAAGCCACCAUGACAUGUACGACUACUUGCAUCUGAGCCGCCUGGGAUACACCCCUGUCUGCCGGGCCCUGCACUCCUUGCUUCUUCGUCUCCUGGCUCAAGACCAGGGCCAAGGUGUCCCUUUGCCGGAGGCCACGCCCUAAGCAUCUGCCUUCCCACAUUAAAUUCUUCCUUCUUCCA